AUGAGUUAUUACAACCAGCAGCAGCCUCCUGUUGGCGUCCCUCCUCCUCAAGGUUAUCCACCGGAAGGAUAUCCUAAGGACGCUUAUCCACCACCAGGGUAUCCACCACAAGGAUAUCCACAAGGAUAUCCACCCCAAGGAUAUCCUCCUCCUCCACCUUAUGCUCCUCAGUAUGCCCAACCACCCCCACAACAGCAGGGCAGUUCUGGACCUGGUUGCUUGGAAGGAUGGUAG